UUCCUCACGCUAAUCCUUGCGAAGGCACAUAACAGUUCACGAGCCACCGUCAGACACCACACGCCAGCUUUGGAAACGUGACAGGAUCAGAAUCCGGUGAAUAUUCGCCAGUUGAGCUGACAUCGUCGUCUUCUCCGAGGAUCUUUGUUUUAUUUGGUCGUGUGGUGUGACAUCAGAGGUGAAUGUAUUGCCAAGUAUUUAUCCUCGCGGCUGUUCUUUGCGCGUUCCCACCGCCAGCAUCAUGCGCGCGUCAUUUCAACUACAGACCCAUCAUCGGAGUUUUAGCCCAGGAAAACUUGGAGGAUGACCCACAAGCGCAGGGAUCUUCUUACAUAGCAUCAUCAUAUGUGAAGCAUCUGGAGUCAGCUGGUGCCAGGGUUGUGCCAAUCCGGAUAAAUCAAACAGAGGAAGAAUAUGUGAAAUUAUUUAACUCAAUAAAUGGUUUGUUGCUGCCUGGUGGGAACGUGGACAUCGAGAAGUCUCAGUUCACAAGAGCGGCGAAGAUUUUCUAUGACCUUGCAAUAAAAGCGAAUGAUGCUUCAGAUUAUUUUCCGAUCUGGGGAACCUGUCAGGGUUUGCAGCAGCUCACAGUCCUGACCAGCAACAAGAACCUGCUGACAUUGACCGACACCAAAGCCGUCGCUUUACCUCUGAUCUUCAGUCCAGGAUCACAAAACAGCAGGAUGUUCAAAAAGUUUCCAAAAGAUCUCCUUCAGUCUCUAGCAGAAGAAAACAUCACGUCUAAUUUCCAUAGCUGGAGUUUGUCACUACAGAAUUACAGCAGCAAUGCCAAACUGAAGCGUUUCUAUAAAGUCUUAACCACCAAUACAGACGGCAAGACGGAGUUCAUUUCAACAAUGGAGGCAUAUCGCUAUCCAUUCUACGCUGUACAGUGGCAUCCAGAGAAAAGUCAAUUUGAGUGGAUUGAGAAAGCCGGUAUGAUUCACACGCUCUCGGCCAUCAAAGCCGCUUUCUACACCGCACACUUCUUCGUCUCUGAAGCAAUGAAAAACCAUCAUCGCUUCCCUUCGCAAAAUGAAGAAGAAAAAGCUCUUGUUUACAACUAUCAGCCGGUCUUCAAAGGCCUAAACAGCAUUUUCCUGCAGAAUUACUACUUCGAAUGAUAAGCGUUUUUAUCCACAGUAUUCAUCAGAACCUGAAAGUCAGUAUUUUUUUUACAUUUUUAUUUUUUAUAUACAUGUCACCAAACACUACAAAGUUUUUAAGUUAUUGUUUUUAGCUAUUUAUCUUAUGAAAUCUGCUGGGCUUGAUUAACUUUUCAUGCUGCUAUUUAUUCACAUCAUGUCCUGAUUUUAUUUCUGGAUGCUUUAUAUGUGAAAUCAAUGCAGAUUCUGUCCAAAUCUUAAGGCAUGUAUUAUUUUUUAAUCUCUUGUAUAUUGUGACGUGUGUCAUAAUCAUACACACUGUGUUUACUACAGUAGCAUGAUAAAUGCAAUGUUACAGUCAUGUUUCGUUGCUUUGUACAUUUUAGGAAAAAUAGACAUUAGAAAAAUUGUCUACAUUGUGUUCUGGUUUUAUUUAAAUAAAGAUAAUAGCAUAUUUUCA